GGUACACUCUGUGCAGUACAGUGACGUGACCCCACUGAAGAAACCUCCCGAAAACAGCGAGCGAGCGCACGAUACUAAUGUUACUGAGAAACGAACGAAGCGACUGUUUCCGUUCUGGGCGUGUGAAGGAGACUCUGGAAACAGUGAAUUAAUCUAACGGCGCCUCCCAUCUGAGGAGAGAAGACGCCCGCGAGCGCACACUUAAAUAGCGCAACUUUGCUCAUAGGAUGUGAGUGUACCGCGCGCUCGUUCUGGGGGAGAGGGUGGGAAUAUCCGGACAGUCACUUUACGGAUUAUCUUUGUGGUUUAAACUAUAUCUAGAUACGUGCACCCUGGAGAGCAGUAUGGGCAGUUCAGCAAUCAGAGGGCAAAGGCAUGAGUGAAGAUGACCUUAAAAGCAGCCAAAACAUGGUUUUUAAGACUCCUCCCAGUUGUGCUCUUCUUCAUCUGUUACUAUUGCUCCCAGUUCUACUUUGAGAGAUAUGGAGGCAGCAGAAAGUCCCCUCAGCCCACUGUCUCUCUAUGUCACAGCUAUCGCAUGAAGAGAAAGUUAGACAGUCUUAAAUUGAACGUGAGCCGGAAGACUGAGCUCUUUCUAAAGCUGGAGGAUUUCUUCUGGCGGGAACAUCUGUCAGCUGAAGCUCUGCCCUAUGGUAUUAAAGGCAGCGAGCUCCUGCUUCUGAAGGUCUUGGCAGUGACUUCCAGCUACACAAUGCCAGCAAACAUUGAGAGCAGCUUAGAUUGCAGGACGUGUGCAGUCAUUGGAAACGGCUUUUCCAUAAAAAACAGUUCACUGGGGGAGAUUAUUAACAAAUACAACGUGGUGAUCAGGCUGAAUGACGCCCCGGUGAGAGGCUACGAGGGGGAUGUUGGUAACAAGACCACGUUACGUCUGUUUUAUCCCGAAUCUGCCUUCUAUAACCCGGGUGUCCACAAUGACCCAGACACCCUGCAGGUCCUGGUUCCUUUCAAACAGGAGGACCUCCGCUGGCUCAAAGAGAUCCUGUAUGACGAGAAGAGGAUCCGAAAGGGUUUCUGGAAGCCUCCUCCCCAGAUCUGGCUCGGCCGGGCCAGUCAGAUCCGUGUCCUGGACCCAUAUUUCCUUCGCCUAACAGCCAGCAAGCUGCUUCGAAUUCCCCUGAAACCGCGCAAACAACAGAAACCAGUGCAUCCCACCACUGGCAUUCUGGCAGUAUUUGUGGCACUGAACUACUGUGACGUUGUGCACGUGGCUGGAUUCGGAUAUCCAGAGUCCAGGAACCAGAAACAGCCCAUCCACUAUUACGGAAAGGAGACAAUGAGAUCCAUGAAGAAUUCCUACCAUGAUCUCAAUCAAGAGGCUCUCCUGCUUAAGAGACUGGAAGACCAGGGAGCUAUUUUAUAUCUUCAUCCUCAUUCCUGACACCCAGCAUUAACACAUAUGAAUAAAAACACAUAAACGCAUGUAAAUAUGGCACUACAGACAAUAUCUUCACCUUAGGACUGACUUGGACUGAACUGAAAUGUCCAGCUCUCACGCUGCAGAGCUGUUAGCAGUUUCUGCAUUUCUAUUCAAUUCACACAUUUUUGUCUGACUUCAAGUAUUUAUAAUGAAUGAAUAUUUCCUUUUGGGAAUUUUUUUUUUUUUUUUUAAGAAAAUUUCACCACUGGAUAUUUCGUGAACUUCUUAGGUAUUUAAUAAAAUGAAAAUAU